UUCUAUAUAUGUAACAUGCCCUCCCGUGCUUCUCUUGCUACUCCACGUGUACUCGACGAGCAGCACCGACGAACUACCAUGCAAGCCUCACACUACCUCCAUCAAUUUCCAUGCACCUUACAUUCUCGUCACUGCCUUACACCACCACCAUCGUCUACCGUCAGAAUCCGUCGUCUACCGUCCAUCACUGCCAUGGCUGCUCCACCAACACUAUUAAAGCACCAGAAGACCCACUCUAUGCCACCAGAGAAAGUAGAGAUAUUCAGUUCGCUAGAGAAUUGGGCCACACAAAAUGUGCUGCCGCUUCUUAAACCAGUAGAUCUGUGCUGGCAGCCGCAGAACUUCCUUCCUGACCCCGCAAUACCAUUCGACGAGUUUACCGAUCAGGUCCGGGCGCUACGUAAUCGGACGUCCGAGAUGCCUGAUGAGUACUUCAUAGUGCUGGUGGGUGAUAUGAUCACUGAGGAAGCACUGCCUACGUAUCAGACGAUGAUUAACACGCUGGACGGCGUUAGGGACGAGACCGGAGCCAGCCAGAACCCAUGGGCCAUGUGGACCCGGGCCUGGACCGCUGAGGAGAACCGGCAUGGUGAUCUGCUUAAGAAUUACUUGUAUUUGUCGGGUCGGGUUGAUAUGCUCAUGAUUGAGAAGACGGUGCAGUAUUUGAUUGGAGCUGGCAUGGACCCUGGAACGGAAAACAACCCGUACUUGGGCUUCGUGUACACGUCCUUUCAAGAGCGAGCCACAUUCGUAUCGCACGGCAAUACGGCGAGUUUAGCUAAGGAAGGCGGUGAUCCAGUACUGGCGCGCAUAUGCGGGACCAUCGCAGCAGACGAGAAGCGCCACGAGAACGCCUACACCAGGAUCGUAGGAAAGCUCCUUGAGGUGGACCCCAAUGGUGCAAUGCUAGCGAUAGCCGAUAUGAUGCGAAAGAAAAUCACGAUGCCGGCCCACUUGAUGUAUGAUGGGCAGGAUCCACAUCUCUUCGAACACUUCUCGGCGGUGGCGCAGCGGAUGGGAGUAUAUACCGCUGAUGACUACGCAGAUAUUUUGGAGUUCUUGAUCGGACGGUGGGCAUUGGAGAAGUUGGAAGGAUUGACAGGGGAGGGGAGACGUGCACAAGACUUCGUGUGUGGUUUAGCACCUAGGAUUAGAAAGCUGCAGGAGAGAGCCGAUGAGAAGGCUAAGAAGAUGACGCCACAAGGCGUGAAAUUUAGCUGGAUUUUCAAUAGGGAGGUCCCCUUGUAAAAUCUGUGGGACCUUUUUUUAAUUUUCGUUGUUUUUUUUUUUCCCUAAACUCUGAAAUUACUUUUUUUUUUUUAUGUUUGGAAAACUAAAUUAAUAAGUUAUUUGUUAUAAAUGAAUUUCAUAAAAAAUUAGUUAAAA